AUCCUUGUCCAAGAAAUAUACCCGAAAACGAUCAACCACAUCAAUUGCAAUGGUUCAGAGCGUUCUCGACGAUAUCUCCCACCGGAGGUACAAUCCUCUGAGGGGCUCGUAUAUCUUAGUUUCUCCGCAUCGGACCAAGAGACCCUGGCAAGGAGCCCAGGAAACCCCAUCCAAGACCACUUUGCCCGCCUACGACCCCGCCUGUUAUCUAUGUCCGGGGAACAAGCGCGCCCAGGGCGACGUCAACCCCAAAUACGAGAGCACCUUCGUGUUCGUCAAUGAUUAUAGUGCCGUCAAGGAAGAACAGGCUGAUUAUUUACCGCAUGAUUCCGAAGGAAGCCCCGAAUCAUUCUUCCUCAAAGCCCAACCGGUGACGGGGAAAUGCUACGUCCUCACUUUCUCCUCGGCGCAUAAUCUGACCCUGGCCGAUUUAUCCCCCGUCGAGAUCCUGCCAGUUAUCAACGCAUGGACGGAGAUCUACUCUGCGCAUCUGUCGCCCAAGUCGCCGCUUGCGCCGCUCGCGUCGGUGACUACGCUGCCUCCUAAUUCACCGACGGUGAAUCUGACAAAGCCCAAGGAGCAGUACCGGUACAUGCAGAUCUUCGAGAACAAGGGCGCGGCCAUGGGGUGCUCUAAUCCCCAUCCUCACGGACAGGUGUGGACUACUAGCAACCUUCCGGAGGAGCCUUCUAUAGAGCUGAUGCAGAUGGAGAAGUAUCGACGGGAGCACGGCGGGAAACACAUGCUUGAGGAUUAUGCGGCGCUUGAAAGCAAGAAACAGGAGCGGGUGGUGUUUGAGAACGAUGCUUUUCUCGUGGUCUGUCCUUGGUGGGCGACAUGGCCGUUUGAAACCAUGAUUAUCAGCAAGAAGCAUAAGCGGGCGCUUGUGGAUCUGAACACGAACGAGAAGGGCCAGCUGGCUGAAGCGAUUGCGGAAAUUACCCGGCGUUAUGACAAUUUGUUUGAGACGCACUUCCCGUACAGUAUGGGUAUUCACCAGGCACCGCUUGAAGGGACGGAUGAAGAGAUUGAGGCCUCGUAUCUACAUUUGCACUUCUACCCUCCUCUUCUGAGGAGUGCGACUGUGCGCAAGUUCCUGGUCGGUUAUGAGAUGAUGGCCGAGCCUCAACGGGAUAUCACACCUGAGCAGGCGGCUGCUAGGUUACGCGGAUGUGCAGGAGAGCUGUACAGGAAGAAACUCGAUGGAUGA